AUUGACAAUAUUUUAUUUUUUUUAUUAACACACAUUUACACUCCCACUUAUGCAAAUAAUAAUAACAAUAAAUUUAAGCACGUGACAUUGCGAUGGUAGCGCUUUCUAGAGUGUGUAGGUUUGUCGAAACUUCACAAGUCAUAUGAUCGAUUCGUCUGUCGUGGUGAUUACACGUUAAUUUGGUGCCUAUCCCUAAAAAAAAAAAAGAAAAGUCCAUUAAGUUAUUAAAAUGGCCAGCCAAACACAAGGUAUUCAACAACUUUUGGCAGCUGAAAAGAAAGCUGCUGACAAAGUUUCAGAAGCUAGAAGACGCAAAACUCGUAGAUUGAAGCAGGCCAAGGAAGAAGCCCAAGAUGAGAUUGAAAAAUAUCGUCAAGAAAGAGAAAAACAAUUUAAAGAGUUUGAAUCAAAGCAUAUGGGUUCAAAAGAAGAUGUUGCAAUGCGUAUUGAUGCUGACACCAAGAUUAAAAUUGAAGAGAUGAACAAAGGUGUCUGUGUAAACAAAGCAGCAGUCAUUCAAGAAAUUUUGGGUCUUGUGUAUAACAUAAAUCCUGAAUUACACGCCAACUACCGCGUUGCAGCUUGAGCCAAUAACGCCUAAAAACAUCAUUAUAUUUACAGUGUUUAUAAAUUAAUUGAAACAAAAAAUAAUAAUAAUGUCUCUAUAAUAAUCUCAUAUCUAUCCAGAGAAAUGUAUUUCCAAAAAAACAAUAAUAACUGUUAAAUUGUUUUUAGUAUAUUCAGUAAUACACAAUUAGUAAUUUGAAAUGAUAAUUUCGUUUUUUUUUUCUAAUUAAAGCUAAUCAUGAUUAAAAUAUACAAAAUUCUAAUUUUUAUAAUAAUUAUCAUUCAAAAUUAUACUGCUGUUAUUAGCAGUUAAAUAUGAAAGUCAUUUUGACAAUAAUAAUUAUUCUAUAUAAAUUUUAUUCAAAAUAAUUUGGCUUUAAAUAUAUUUGUGUUUAAUAAUAAUUGUUGAUAUAAAUUUUUAAAGUCACUAGUAAAAAUUCAAAAUACAGAAAAAAUAUAUAUAAUCAAUUAAAAUUGCAAUGAUUUUAAUUUUAAAAAUAAAUUUUAUUAAAAAACAAAAAUACCAUGGCCUGGGUAUUUUUGUUAUUUAAUAAAUUUAUUAUUUGAAAGUUAAAUAAUGUGCAAAAAACAAAUUAAUAGUUGAGUGUUUUAGGGUGAUGGAUAUGUUGUUCAGAUAAAUGUUGUAUAUUAGGCUCAUUCCAUAUAUAUUUUACAAUUAUUUUUUGUUUUUCUGUUGCAUUGAGGACGAAACACAAGUUAAAAUUUAAAAGUACAGCCUCUUUGGAUUCUCAUACAGCUCCUAAAAUUAUUGAGAAUCUCGCGAUGAUGUACUAAUUAUUUUUUGUUUCAUUUUAAAAUUAUCUCCAACGUAUAAAAUAUAUACUUAUGUUUUUUUUCUUUCUUUUUUUGAUUUUUGUUAAUACAAUAUUGUAAAUGUAGCUCCAAUUUUUGUGUACAUCUGAGCUGAACACCUGAUCGACUGUUUG